GCUCUCUCUAGUUCUUGACAGGUGGAUUUGGGGCUGCAGCCCGGACAUUUUGUGCACCCUCUAAUUUAGUUAAAAAACCCUUGUAAAAUGUUAUCCCGGGCCUCAAUUUUAUCCGGCCGACAGGUUCGAUCGUUGGUGGCUCACACCACAAAAGCGUGCAGCGCCACUUCGUCUCCGGCGACUAAAGACGAUGGCCCCAUGUUUCGGCGACCCGUUCGUCAAGAACCGGGCAAAGUCCGGCUGGGUUUUGUCCCCGACGAGUGGUUUACCUUCUUUUAUAAAAAAACCGGCGUCACAGGUCCUUACACCUUCGCCGUCACAUUCUCCACCUACCUCAUAAGUAAGGAAAUCUACGUUAUGGAACACGAGUUCUACAACGGACUCUCGUUGGCUAUUAUGUGGAUUGCGGGCAUCAAGAUUUUGGGGCCCAAACUAGCUAAAUAUCUCGAUAAAGAAAUUGACGACUAUGAGUCACAAUGGAAUGAAACCCGCACCGUUAACAAAGAUACGCUUCAAGAGGCCAUCUCCGACGAGGAGAGGAAUCAGUGGAGCAUGGAAGGGCAGAAUAUGCUUAUUCAAGCUAAACGCGAAAAUGUUGCCUUGCAGUUGGAGGCGGCGUACCGUAAUCGUCUGCUGGCGGCGUAUGAGGAAGUAAAGAAACGUUUGGAUUAUCAAGUGGAGAAACAAAAUAUUGAGCGCAGGAUCGGUCAGAAGAAUCUUGUCGAUUGGGUCGUGAAGAAAGUGAAGGCUUCUAUUACCCCUGAUCAAGAGAAACAGAACAUUGAUAGUUGUAUUGUGGCCUUGGGGGCGCUUGCUUCUAAGGCUUAAUUGUUAAGGCGGCAUGAGUUGUACAGUAAGGAACAAUAGCACAGUCCUUGUCUUUUCCUUUUAUUUAAUAAAUGGUACUACAGA